AUGACAAUCAUAUUACCAGUUAUAAGCCACGUAGUGGAUGAGAUCUUAUUGGAAUUUCUAUCAAAGAAACAAUAUGGAGACCAUCUCUCCGCUAGUAAUUGCUCUGAUGGAAACCAAAACAACAACAACAAAGACGACAAUAACAAUAACAAGAAAUCCUCCCAGGAUGAGUUUAAAGAAGAUGUGUUCAACUGGGCUGAUGAACCAUGGACUCCCUGUGAUGAUGUUGAGGUUCCAGACUGGGCCAAGAUGGAAGAUCCGACAUUCGACAACUUCAAUUCUGAGUUGAUAUGGGCUGGAGACCCAUGGGUUCAGGUACCACUAGUCGGUUUUCCAGCUUGGAUGUUGCUUCCCGGGAUCGACUACCCUGUAGAGGCAGAAGAUCCCGUGAAUGACACCCCAGUCAAUGAUGAAGAUGAUGCUGCAUUUUUAUCAUCUGGUAUAGAAGUAGCUAAUUGGAGUGACGAACCUUAUUUUCAGUCACCUCUAGAUGUGCCAAGAUGGGCCCUGCUACCCGGCAUCGACUUUCCAGUUCGUCAUGGAUAUAACAGCCCCUACUGGACGUAUAAAUUGAACCAAUACAACAGUUCAAGACGACAGUUUGGAAAGAAAAUGUUUGCUAGACAAUUACCUACGUUAAGAGAGGAACGGGAUGUGUAUAACAACAACAGACAGUCCAAGCUGUGUGUACCUGAUAAUUUUCAGAGAAGAAAUCACAGAUUUUAA